AUGUCGCGCCCGUCCGCUCCGAAGAGAAGAAGGCUUUCGCCGCCCGAAGACAAUGCGCCGACCCGGGACCGCAGGCAGUCCUUCCUGAAGAACGCAGCGAAGUGGGAUCUCGAGCAGGACUACGAGAACCGCCCACGAAGGCUGGACAAGAAGAAGAAAAAGGGCGAGAACAAGCUCCCGGUCAGGACGACAGAGGGAUGGGUCGCUCCACCAACCGCCCAGGUCGAAAUCAAGAGCGAGGAUGAAUCGGACAGCUUUCUCGCGUCUGGCAGCGACGGCGGAGCAGAAGACGUGGACGUUGAGGAGGAAGAGAAGAAACCCAAGAUCCCCGCGCGACAACAGAUUCUGGAGGCGAAAGAGGAGUUGGCACGCAUAGCGAGCCUCGUCAACGAGGAUCCCGAGGAACACAUUGGCGCGCUCAAGACACUGGGUGCCAUUGCCGAGUCGGAGAACAGCACGGUCAAGAAGCUAGGGCUGGCUACUUCGGUCACAGUGUUCAAGGACUUGAUCCCCGGGUACAGGAUUCGUCCCAUGAGCGAGGAGGCCAUGGGCGAGAAGGUGUCGAAGGAGGUCAAGAAGCUGCGCCAGUUCGAGCAGAAGCUCGUUUCAGGGUACGAGACCUAUGUCAAGCAGUUGGCGGCGUUGUGCAAGGCAAGCGGAUCCAGCGACGAACAGAAAGCGAGUCUGGCAACUGUCGCGAUCAGCUGUGCAUGCAAUCUGCUGACUGCGGUGCCUCACUUCAACUUCCGAGGCGAGCUGCUGAAGAUCGUUGUUGGCAAGCUGAGCACAAGACGCGUCGAUGGCGACUUCGUACGGUGCAGAGAAGCAUUGGAAAAGCUGUUCGAGGACGACGAAGAUGGCAAUGUUUCGCUGGAGACCGUCACUCUGUUGACUAAGAUGAUGAAAGCGAAGCACUACAACUUCGACGAGAGUGUGCUGAACACAUUCCUCCACCUCCGCCUCCUCUCUGAGUUCCACCAAAAAGCCUCAUACAACUCCGUCGACAAGGACGAAGACCAAGUAAACGGCAAAAAGAUCAAGCAAAAGCGCGAAUUCAGGACAAAACGACUGCGUAAGGAGCUCAAGGAGAAGAAGGCGAUCGCGAAGGAGAUGAAGGAGGCCGAUGCAGCCGUCUCCCGCGAGGAGCGCGACAGAAUGCAGGCCGAGACCCUCAAGAUGGUUUUCGUGUGCUACUUCCGCAUCCUGAAAGCCCGCUCGCCAAAGCUCAUGGGCGCCGUCCUCGAAGGUCUAGCGCGCUACGCACACCUCAUCAACCAAGAUUUCUUCGGCGACAUUCUUGAAGCCCUGCGCGACAUCAUCGCGACCGCUGAACUCUCCGCCGCCGCCGACGUCUCAGAAGACGAAGACGCAGAAUCCGAAGACGACGAUGACGAAGCACCAGAGCGCAACCUCUCCCGCGAGUCUCUGCUUUGCGUUAUAACAGCAUUUGCCCUCCUUGAGGGACAAGACGUCCUCAAACAAGCAUCAACACUCAAACUCGACCUCACCUUUUUCAUCGCACAUCUCUACCGUACACUGCACCCCGUCUCGGUCAACGCCGACAUCGAGUUGAGCUCCAAGAGUUUGCAUCUUCCCGACCCUGGCGCGCCAGAAACCCACCAGCCCGCAAGCACAAACAAGAUCAACGUGCAAACCACCAUCGUCCUGCUCAUCCGCUCGCUCUCCUCCGUCCUCCUCCCGGCUUCAGCACUGCGCGGCGUGCCGCCUAUCCGCGUUGCAGCGUUCACGAAACAACUCAUGAGUAUAUCGUUACAGCUGCCUGAGAAAAGCUGUACAGCUAUGUUGGGGCUGCUGAACAGAGUGUCAAAAGCUCACGGCAAGAAGGUAGCGCCGCUGUGGAAUACGGAGGAGCGAAGAGGAGACGGAGUAUUUGACGCGUUGAAGCCAGAGUUCGAGGGAAGCAAUGCAUUUGCAGCUACAGUUUGGGAAGGCGAACUGCUGCGGAAGCACUACAGUCCCUCCGUGCAAGAAGCAUUGAAGGGCAUUGAGGGCAAUGUGAGGGAGGCGCUGAAGGGGUAAAUGUUG